AUGCGAAGCGCAGACUUCUCUAAUCCGCGGAUCUUGUCAAAUUUAAUGAGCAAGUCUGAAAAGGAAAAGAGAGCGAUCAUUAUUUUUAAUUGUCGCUUAAACAAAGGAUUAUAUGUCACUUCUGCAUGCGUUUCACGCUCUGUUUUUAGAUGCUGCAAACAGGAACCUCUUAUAGAAUUUGUAUCCCCAAAAAUGAUAGCAUUUGUUCAAAUAGAUGGACGCUAUUUGACAAAAAUGUUAACAUGUGACAUUCACGUCAGAAAAGAGGCCAAAGAAGGAAGAGGGUACCAGCAAAUACAUAAACUUUCCUAA